AUGCUAAGAACACGAUUUAGAAGAGAUUCGUUGGAAAAAGUAAGGUCAGUUUCAGAGGGAUCACUGGAUUGCUUGACAUGUGAUCACGACGAUAUAGCGCGCCUGUUUGCUUGCGAAUCACGGAACUCGCGAUCAGCUGUACACCCGGAGACUGCACACGUUGAGCAUGCGGGCGUGACGAGGGCUCCGGCGCACCCUCUUCACCCUCGCCGCGUCCUACUCGCACCCUUCCGGGCUACACGCUUCGCGCGGCAUACCCGUCUCACUCGUGUCGCGCUCGUUACUCUCCAGAAAAUAUCAAUAAGUUGGAGCAUGGUUAUUGUGGCUCGCACAACGUUCUGUUCCGUUGGACGGGGACGUCUUAUUCGCUGUGGCGACCCGGCAAGAAUGUGCGCAGGCGGACGCGGGAAAAGCUUGUACAGAGAUUUGAAUUUCAGACGCGGCGGUCUUUUUUGUCAAAGGCCAGUUCUGUUCGAAUUAAUACGUAGUUUAUGUAUCACGAUGACUAGCCAGGAAGGAGAGAAAAUCGUGGAUACGGAAAAUGACCUGGAUCAUGAUAAAGAAGAGCUUACGACCGAAACGAAGGAAGAUAUUUCUACAGCGAAACCACGUGCUAGGAGAUAUCUCACGAAACAUAUGAAAUUAUAUCCGGAAUUGUACAGAAGCGAUGUCUCGAUACAUCCAAGUUAUACUACUCUAAAAAAUCUACCUUAUUACGUGGUCUGCCGACGACGUGUACAGAGGACCAAGAAGCAGAUCAAGCGUCAGCUGAACCGCGAUAUCAUGCACUUUGCGAUGAUGCAGUUGUUCGCCAUCGAUAGCGUCAGGAUCGACCGUGUAUUCAGCGUCGGGAUGCCACCGAAGACAUUGAUUGUCCCCGAUUUGCUAACCGUGAACGAAAGACGUCACAUCAACGAGCUUCUUCGUGACACAUAA